UUUUUUAGAAUGUUUUUAUAGUUUCUCUCAUAUUCAACCUCUUUCAUACAGUUUUCAAUGAGGAAGCAAUGUUUUUUUAGUCCGAUGUACAUUUAUGUUCCUAUUCCAUCUGAUGUUUACACAAUUUUUGGGUUAAUGGAACGCCAAAUACCAUACAUUAUUAACAAGCAACUAAUACUAUAAUAUUUAUAUAAUCAUUUACGUUUACAUUCGAAAAUUGUCACAUAGUGUUUAUGAAAUGAUGAUUUUCUCAUCCAAAUGUUUUCCCUUGCCUCCAAUAGAUGGCUUGCACUGAAUAUGUCAAAUCAUGUAUGAGGACCUCAGCUGACCUAAUGCAAUGCCGGACUGUAUCAGAAAUACUGUCCUAGUUCUGCCUUUGACCUGGAUGAAGCGGAAUGUAUCCCAUUAUCCUUGUUUUUCCGCUCAUGAGGCUUUUUUUGUGGCAUUUAGACACUCGUAGGCUUGUUGAGAUGUUUAGGAUGGAUUUUCACUUUUCACACCCAUGUGUUUCAAGAUGAAUGAGUUUUGGCUGUGAGGAUAUGCAAUAACAUCAGCAGAUAUUAUGGUGCACCUUCUGCUUGUGCAUCCCAGAUAAGUCUCAAAGCAUGCUGGGUAAGUUCUUAAUGUGGUUUCCCGCUCUGUUACAGAUCGGCCCUGCAGAGGUUGCGUUCAGGUGGGCGUCCGGUAUCGCGGGCUCUUCCUCCGUAAGACACAAGUUCAUAUCUUUGUAGGAGUGAAGUCAGCUAUACAGCCAGGAGGAGGAGAUGAAAUUAGAACCGUUGUGAGUUUCCCUUUUCACAACCACAAGUUUAAUAUGAGUUUCUGAACACAGACAUCAUAUGAAACUAUUCCAAAACCCAUUUAGAUUAUUUUUAAGGCGUCACAUGUGUUCUCCUGGUGUGAUUAUACUUCUAAGAGGUUUUGUUCGGACAAAAACAUAAGGCUGUAUUUUAUACUUGAAAAACUUGAGUUACUAUAUAACUUCCUUAUAUAACUGGUAAACUUCCUAUUGCUUUGGCAAAUUAUCGCAAACAAGCAUUACUCUUCUGGUCACUUUUGUACAAACAACCUAGCAGGUGCUUUAUAUGGAACAAUGGUAAUAUCAUUCAUAAUAAGAAGUCAUUGUACAUGGAUAAUUGGGUUCAACACAACAUUUUAAUUGUUAACCAGCUUAUUGACAGAAAUGGAAAAUUAUAUACAUACCCUAACUUUAUUUCAAAAUAUGAAAAAGAAUUUAACAAAGUAAUUAAGGUUAUCCCCAAUGGCAUAAUAAUGUUGGCCAAAUUCUCAGACGUAGAUGUUAAUAACACAACCUUACAAAAUCCUCAACUUUUUGUAAAUGGUCUCUCAUUUUUUGAUAAACAUUUUAACAACAAUUUUAUAAGAAAUUCCUUUAAUGUUGGAUCCAUUCCUUCAUGUCAAUCAAAAUGGCUUAAACCUCAUUGUAUAUCUUGGACUUUACCAUAUAAAUACAUAAUUUCUUAUAAAGUAAAAGAAAUCAUUUACAAAAUUAUUCAUAGAUGUUAUCCUGUAAAUGCAGGCAUUAGUAGAUAUAUAUCCAUACUGUCUGUGAUAAAUGUACUUUUAGUAACACAUCAUCUGAUGAUAUUGAACGUUUAUUUCUUUAUUGCCCUUUUUCUAUUUCUUUUUGGACUGACUUUAACAAAAAAACUAAACAGAACUCUUAAUUUUACUUUGUUUUCAAAACCCAUAUUUUUCUCAAAAACAAAAUGAUGUUUUGGCAAAUUUUCAUACUCAUAAGACAAAAAUAACACAAAAGAAACCCUCAUAUAUUACCUUUUAUAACACCGAUCUCACAAUAUAUUUUGAAACUCUUUCAAACAUGAGAUCACAGAACAAAAAGCUCAUAAAAACAAUAUAAAUUCUAAAGCUUUUCAAAUUCAUGUAACUGCCCUAAUAAUAUGUAGCCCUUUUUUUAAUUAUUGCAAUUUUUUGUAUGCAUUAUUAUUUUUUUUUGUAUUCUAUUUCUUGUUGGUACUCUUUGUUUUAUAUGCUCUGAUAUGUAUUACAUGAUGUGAUAUUUGUCUUCAAGUUCAUAAUAAAACAAAACAUAAGGCUGUAUAAAAUGCAUCCUUUUCAGAGAAUGCCAUUCCAGAAGAAUCCAAGAUUCUUGUGCAAGAUUAGUCAGGUUAUUUAUGCACAACACAGGCACCAAAUAAUCAUAUUAUUUUUAAGUCGGUGUAUAUAUUUAGUGCUAUGAUCAUCUAAGCGUGUGUUGUUGGUGAUUUGAUACAUUAGCCACCAGGGGGCGUAAGUCACAAUAUUUAGGCCUAAAUUCAGACUAUCAAACUUUACAUUUAAAUGAAUCUUCUUACAGUUACAAUUGUUAUAAUCCCAUUUUUACAGAAAAAUCGUGGUGUGUUGUACCUGCAGACUGACUGAAAUUGGAAAGAAAUUUAAGUUAAUUUUGCUUUAGUUUAGACCAUUUAGUUUGAUAGUGGUGGACAUUUAUACAAAAAUGCAACUAAUAAAAUUAGAGAGCACACUAAUUUAUAUAAAUAAAGAACAGCAGUAUUUAAAUAUUUUGAUACAAAGGAGACGCAAAUGCGCGCAGCGAAUCAAAUGAAUCGGUGAAUCGUUUAUAACGAACGAACUGAUUCGGUACUUUGAAGGGACACCGGACCAGUGUUUGCUGGGAAACGCUCGUUGGAAAAAUUAAACUAUUUGAAAACGGCUAGAUUUAUUUCAUGCUUCUGAAAACAGAGUGAAUUUCGUUCAAGCAUCUGCAGUAUUUCUGAUUAAAAUCGUGAAACUAAGAUCAGGCACGCGUGAGAAAGAAACCAGAGUGAGUCUCUCUUGACAGUGAGGUAAAUGGAGACUGAGAGGGUAAAUAGUUCUGUCUCUUUAAGUUGGUGUCAAAGCCGAUUAGCGCUGAUCUCGGUCGUGAUUCUGUUGUACCGUCUGCUCACUGAAUCUAUUUUUGUUUUACGUCCCUGCGCGCAGUUCAGAUCAUAUUUUUAUUAAUAUUUGUUGACUCUUUUACUGUAUUUUCGCUUUUUUUCCCCUACACGCGCACUCCUUUAUAUAGCUGUGCGUAAUUACGCGUGACGCGCGUCUGGAAUCUCCUUUACGCGCAGCAUCAGCGCUUUUGGCUGGACUUUAGAUCAUCAUUUCUGGCUGCUGUGUGUGAGGAUGAGAUUGAUGAUGGGCUCAGUGUGACAAACAGGACUUUAAGAUGCAGAAGAGCGUGCGUUAUAAUGAAGGACACGCGCUCUAUCUGUCCAUGGUCGCGCGUAAAGAGGGAAUUAAACGUGGAUACUUGAGUAAAAAAGCCGCAGAAAACAACCGCUGGACAGAGAAGUAUUUCGCGCUUUAUCAGAACGUGCUGUUCUACUUUGAGAACGAGCAGAGCACCAGACCAUCUGGGAUUUAUUUGCUGGAGGGAUGCUCCUGCGAGAGGAUUCCGGCUCCAAAAGUGUCCACCGUUGGGAAAGAGAGCUCAGAUAAACAGCAGCAUUACUUCCUGGUGAUUUUCGGCCACGAUGGGCAGAAACCUCUGGAGCUGCGGACAGAAGAGGAUGCUGACUGUAAUGAGUGGGUGGAGGCCAUUCAACAGGCCAGUUAUUCAGACCUGAUCAUAGAGCGGGAAGUUCUCAUGCAGAAAUACAUCCAUCUGGUGCAGAUCAUGGAGACGGAAAAAGUGGCGGCAAAUCAGCUGCGGACGCAACUGGAAGACCAGGAUACAGAGAUUGAGAGACUGAAGGCAGAGGUUGUUGUUCUGAAUAAAACGAAAGAGCGAAUGUUGCCCUAUCAGUCCAAUCAAGAUGAUGAAGAUCCAGAUAUCAAGAAAAUCAAGAAGGUGCAAAGCUUCAUGCGUGGUUGGCUGUGCAGGAGGAAGUGGAAGAUUAUCGUGCAGGACUACAUCUGCUCACCUCACGCCGAGAGCAUGAGAAAGAGAAACCAGAUCGUCUUCAACAUGGUGGAGGCCGAGACGGAGUACGUGCUCCAGCUCUCCAUCCUGGUCAACUGCUUCCUGCGGCCGCUCAGGAUGGCGGCCAGCUCCAAAAAACCCCCCAUUAGUCAUGACGACGUCAGCAGUAUCUUCCUCAAUAGUGAGACGAUAAUGUUUCUCCAUGAGAUUUUCCAUCAAGGCUUGAAGGCUCGGAUAGCCAACUGGCCAACGUUAGUUUUAGCGGAUCUCUUCGACAUCCUGCUGCCGAUGCUGAACAUUUAUCAGGAGUUUGUGCGAAACCAUCAGUACAGUCUGCAGGUUCUGGCCAACUGUAAACAGAACCGGGACUUUGACAAGCUUCUGAAGCAGUAUGAAGCAAACGCCGCCUGUGAGGGCAGAAUGCUGGAGACCUUCCUCACCUACCCCAUGUUUCAGAUCCCACGAUACAUCAUCACCCUUCAUGAGCUCCUCGCCCACACGCCUCAUGAACAUGUCGAGCGCAAGAGUCUGGAAUUUGCCAAAUCCAAACUAGAGGAAUUAUCCAAAAUGAUGCAUGAUGAAGUGAGUGACACGGAAAACAUCCGUAAGAAUCUGGCGAUCGAGCGAAUGAUCGUGGAGGGCUGUGAUAUUCUGCUGGACACCAGUCAGACGUUUAUACGGCAGGGCUCUCUGAUUCAGCUGCCCUCUGUGGAGAAGGGUAAACUGAGUAAGGUGCGUCUGGGCUCGCUGUCGCUCAGGAAAGAAGCUGAACGCCAGUGUUUCCUGUUCACUAAACACUUCCUCAUCUGCACACGCACCUCCGGCGGCAAACUGCACCUGCUCAAACAAGGAGGCACAUUGUCUCUGAUAGAGUGUACUCUUAUCGAGGAGCUGGACGCCAAUGAUGAAGACUAUAAUGCUGCUGGUCAGGGGUUCAAUCAUCUGGAGUUUAAAAUAGUGGUUGAACCUGCUGACGGUCCGUCGUUUUCAGUCAUUCUGCUCGCUCCGUCUCGGCAGGAGAAAGCGGCCUGGACCAGCGACAUGAGCCAGUGCAUUGACAACAUUCGCUGCAAUGGCUUGAUGACCAGCGUGUUUGAGGACAACUCCAAAGUCACCGUGCCUCACAUGAUCAAGUCUGAUGCCCGACUGCACAAAGACGACGUGGACAUCUGCUUCAGUAAGACGCUGAACUCCUGCAAGGUGCCACAGAUCCGUUACGCCAGCGUGGAGAGACUCCUGGAGAGACUGACCGACCUGCGCUUCCUUUCCAUCGACUUCCUCAACACCUUCCUCCACACCUACCGAAUCUUCACCACUGCUUCUGUGGUGAUGGACAAACUGGCCGACAUCUACAAGAAGCCCUUCACCUCUAUACCUGUCAGGGUUCAGUAUCAUUCUUCCGACCGUUUGUCCAUCUCCUCCAUCUGUCCAGACUACAGCCUGAAGAUCACAAGGCUUGCGCUGGACCAGUCCAAGUCCCUCGAGCUUUUCUUUGCCACCAACCAAGGCCCCUGGAGUGGAGAACACCUGAACAACAAAUCCCCUCGGCUUUCUCGCAAGUUCUCCUCCCCUCCGCCCGUCUCCAUCCCCUCGCGCACGUCUUCCCCCAUCCAUUCCCGAAAGCUGUCCCUCAGCUCUCCCGUGAGCUGCAAGGGCGGCGCCUUGGACCUGUCGACGGCUAGUUCCUCUGCGGCAAGCAGCCCGACGUCUCCCUACAACCCCAUCAUCUCCUCCCCUCCCCACACCUGCACCAAAGCCCCUCUGGACCUCAGCCGGGGCCCCAGCUCCCCCGAGCUCAGCCCCUCCACCCCAGAGGAGGGCGGGGAGCUGCCGCGGAUAGAUGCUUUCUGUGGGAAGCUGCGACGGAGUAUUCGACGAGCUGUACUGGAGUCAGUAUCGUUGGACAAGUUCAUUCCUGAGACGCCCACGUCCAGUGAUUCUGCAGACAUGUCUCCAUGCCGCUCCCCGUCCACACCGCGACACCUUCGCUACCGACAACCUGCAGGUCAGUCUCCCGAGAGCUCCCGCUGUGCCGUGUCCCCCGCGUCCGCCUUCGCCAUCGCCACCGCCGCAGCUGGACACAGCAGCCCGCAAGGAUUUACCAACCCAGAGAAAUCGUACGAUAAAGAGUUCCUCAUCCGCAGGGCCGCCACCAACAGAGUGCUCAACGUCCUGCGCCACUGGGUUUCCAAACACUCGCAGGACUUUGAGAUGAACGCAGAGCUGACGACAGCUGUGGUCGCUCUGCUGGAGGAGGUGCUGCGAGAUCCAGAUCUUCUGCCGCAGGAGAGGAAGGCCACAGCUAACAUACUGAGUGCACUUUCUCAAGAAGAUCAAGAUGAUUCUCAGUUGAAGAUUGAGGAUAUUGUCCAAAUGUCCGAGUGUCCGAGAGUCGAAUGCUUUGAGUCACUGUCGGCAAUGGAACUAGCGGAACAGAUUACUUUACUGGACCAUAUUGUGUUCCGGAAUAUUCCAUAUGAGGAGUUUCUUGGUCAAGGCUGGAUGAAAACGGACAAAAAUGAAAGGACUCCGUACAUUAUGAAGACCAGUCAGCACUUCAAUGAUAUGAGUAAUCUGGUAGCGUCUCAGAUCAUGGCUCAAUGCGACGUGAGCUCCAGAGCCAACUCCAUUGACAAGUGGCUGGCUGUGGCGGAUAUAUGCCGCUGUCUCAACAAUUACAACGGAGUCUUGGAGAUCACGUCCGCACUGAACCGCAGCGCCAUCUACAGGUUAAAGAAAACGUGGGCCAAGGUUUGCAAACAGACCAAAGCACUUAUGGACAGGCUGCAGAAGAUAGUUUCAUCUGAAGGGAGGUUUAAGAACCUGAGGGAAACUCUGAAAAACUGUAACCCUCCGUGUGUGCCCUAUCUGGGCAUGUACCUGACGGAUUUGGCAUUUAUCGAGGAAGGAACGCCCAACUUCACAGAGGAGGGGCUCGUCAACUUCUCUAAAAUGAGGAUGAUCUCACACAUAAUACGAGAGAUCCGACAGUUUCAGCAGGCGCCCUACAGGAUAGAACUGCAACCCAAGGUAACACAGUUCCUCCUUGACAAGACUCUUGUAAUGGACGAGGACACACUUUAUGAAUUAUCUCUGAAGAUUGAGCCAAGACUCCCUCCUGCCAACUAAGUGUGACAAGAAUGUUUACACCAGACGAAGAUAUCAAGUAAGAGAGUUGUAGUCAGUUUGUGGGAAUCAAGACUUCCAUCUGAACUAAAGUCUGUCCAUUAUAGAAACGUCAAUCUUUCCAUAUAUUUACUUCAUUGCAUAUAAUUUUGUAUUGUGAAUUUUUUCUUCUUCUGUAAACUCAGGUAUAAAUGUGCCUUUUUGUAAACAUUAUGUACAGUUAUUAUAUUCUGGAGUGCAUAUUUCUAGCAUGAUACAUUUUAAUAUCAAUUUGAUAAUCUCUUGAAAUGUUUUUUUUCCUGAAUGCAAAAUAUCAGUUCCAUUUUAAAACUCUGAUCAUUCCUUUAGUAUAAUGAGAAUCAUAAUUUGUAUGUGUGCAAAUGAUUGUCGCUGAAGUGUGUGAUGGUCCUACUUUGACAAGCAAGUUUCUUAAUCACUCUUCCAUUAAAAUCCGCCCAUAUGUAUGACAGUCAUGUCAAUUCUUGAAUCUGGAGUUUGCUGAAAUGUCGAAGCUCAAACAAGCACCUUUACUGUUUACCAAAAGAAAUAUUUGUCAUUUGUUAAUGUUAGGGAUCAUUCGUUUACACAGCAGGUCAGCUGCAUUUUGCCACGAGGCUGCAUUUGCUCAUUUAGCAUGAUUUUGUUCGUAGAAAUAUUUGAUAUUUUUAGCAUGUGUUUGCAUGAAUCUGUAUUUAAUAUACAGUAAUCUUAGAAAAUUCAUUAUAUUUUAAAUUUUUGUCUUUAACUUAUGGAUUAACAAAGCAUUUAUGUAUAUUCUACACUUAACUCUUUCCCUGCCAGUGUUUUUGUGAUCAUUUUCACAAAUCUUUCAUGGCCCCCAGAAUAUUUUGUUGUAUGAAUAUCUGAACAUACAAUAUAUCAAAAGAAAGAACAGAGCCUAUCUUUUAAACAACGACAACAUUUUAUUCUAGCUUUGUGAGUAUGUCUGUGAGUGUUUCAUUAAAAAGCAAUAUUUUGAACAAAAAGACUGAGAAAAUCUCAUUUUUGUCAAAGAUUUCGUUCAUAACGGAUUUAGAACAAUGAUCAAAAUAUAAAUGGAGUAGAUCAAGUCUAUCAACACCCCCAAAGCUUCGUUUCCACUUCAUGGGUUCAACAUUUCAUUCGGUAAUGUUAUUCAGUUUUGAUAUAUAUGCUGUUGAAUGUUUGAUGAUCACGUUAGCUAACAUGUGCGUAAGCAAUGUUUCUAUCGCUUGUUUGUGCUUUUCCGCUUGUUUUUGGAUCUGGAGAUUCUGUCCUAUUUCAGAAGAUGCAUAAUAACGCCCCCCUAAUGAAAGGGUUCGCAACUCUGGCCCUCAAAGUCCACUUUCCUGCAGAGUUUUGCUCCAACCUUAAUCAAACGUGCCUGAACAAGCUUAUCAAGGUCUUCAGGAUUACUAGAAUGUUAAAGGCAGGUGAGUUUGAUCAAAGUCCUUUUAAGGCAACUCAUUUCGCUCAGAGGCCAUCUUUGAAACACCUCCCCUAUCUCUUUGAAUGGGGAAACAUCAAAAUCACCAAGCUUAUGGUUAAAUUUCAUAUUUGAAAUCACCAAUGAAACAGCUGACUCAUAAAUUUUCCUUCUAAACCCUCAAAUCAUGACAAAAAACUGCAUUUUUCAGGUUGAACCAGCCAAUGCACAUGUGCAGUCCUAAGCGCGCAUCUCAGAACGCUGACUGUUGACAGCUGCAGUGACGCAUUGACUUUACCAAUUGGCGAUUGGCUCUUUUAUUUAGAAGGCAGGACUUAUUCUCCCAUAUUGUGAGUUGCACUUUCUCCAAUUCAUAGUAACAUGAGUGCACCGUCUUUGUGUAUCUAUUUAGAUUUGAUCAAGGUUGGAGCUAAACUCUGCAGGAAAGUGGAUCUCGAGGGCCAGAGUUGAGAACCCUUGUGAUAGGUUGUGUCGUAAAUGACGAAAAAUCUCAUCAAUGGCGGGGAAAGAGUUAAUGAAACUGUUAAAAAUGACCAUGAUACAGUGAUGGUAAUGCCAAGGUACUUUAGCACUGAUUUAUUUCCAUAUCUGUGUUCCAUGGUGUUUACACUGGCAAUCCAUAAAAGAUGGUACUUUUUGGUGAAUGCAGAUGUGGUUUAUUGCUGAUUUCAACUUGAGCAGGGAUUUAUUAACCAGUAUACAGUUUUUUUCUACCCAUCUGUAUCGUGGCAGAAUUUAAUUUUUAAACAAAUGUUUUUAAGUGUGCAUUUUAAGUCUGUUUUUGUAUAAAUAGAAACAGAUUACUGUUUUUGGAUGAAUUCAAACAUAGUUUCAGCAGAAUAUGUGCAGUGCCCUGUUUAUUUAAUUGGUUAUAUAUGUGUUUAUUUUAACUUCUACCUGGAAAAUGUAGUCAUUGAGAACUUUAAGCAGCCCUGCGUUGUUGUUUUUAUUUAAACAAUGUUGUUGACUCGUGCACACUUCAAGAAGGAGUGUCUUUACCUCUUUUCAUAUUUGAAUUCACAUACAUGUCUUUUUUCAAUCACCAACAUAAAUGUACACCUAUCCAUUGACAACUGUAAAUUAUGAAAUAAAACUUUUUUUGUCUUC